AUGUAUGAAUCUGGUAAUAAAUAUAUGUUUGAUGUAAAAAGAUGUAUAAGAAUUUAUAGGUUUUGUCUUAUUUUACAUUUAAUUUUGGCAAUAUUGCAGCUAUUUACACCUCGCCCAUUUUUAUUUAUUGCACAUUUAGCUGUAUUUUUUAUUGGAAUUGAUUGUUUUUGUUCAUAUUUAACUUUUAAGUAUUUUUGUUUUACUGUUGUUAAUAUGAUAUGCGGCAUUAGUGACUUUAUAUGGUUACUUUUUAAAUGUAUUGGAAAAAAUAGAUUUAAAUGGUUAGACCCAAAAUACUAUUGGAAAAUAAUCAAUAUUGAUAAUAUUUUUCUUCAAUUUUUUUCUACUUCUUUACAUUAUAUGUUUGAUGAAAAAAAAAAUUAUGAAACACCUCAAAAUAUGCAAAAAAAAUAUGAAUAUAUAAAAAACUUUUUUAAGUUAUUACCGGUACAGAAAAAAAUAUGCGUAUGGAAAAUAUAUAUAGAAUUAUUUAUAAUAAUAGUAGGGAUAUUUUUAUAUUUUAUGGGUUCAUACAUUAGUUGGCAAUUAUAUAAAUAUACAUUAAAUUACAAUCAAAACGAUCUGUUAUUUCAUAACUAUCAUUAUGGUACAUUUCACGAAGAUAAUAAUCAAAAUUCACCUUCGUCACAGAAUGAUUUUAUUCCGUUUAUCGGACAACCAUACAGAAUUUCUGACUUUUUAGAAAAAAAAUAA